AUGCCGGAGCUCCCACCAUCACUCGCUCGCUCGUGGUCAUUGACUUUGAAGCUUCCCAAGUCAACCUUCCCUCCCCGAGUUUCUCAGGCUGACCAAGCUAAGUACUUGGUCCGAUGCACUGAUGACCUCUAUACCUGGCAACGACGCCAGCGUCCAAUCGAGAAUCGCUUUGUCCUGCAUGACGGACCCCCAUACGCGAACGGCGACCUCCAUGUGGGGCAUGCUCUGAAUAAAAUACUCAAGGAUAUCGUCUGCCGCGUGCAACUGGCUGCUGGGAAAAGAAUCGACUACGUUUCCGGUUGGGACUGCCAUGGGCUGCCAAUUGAACUGAAGGCACUGGAGUUGCAAGCACAAAGGGAUGCCGGAAAAGUUCAAUCAAGUGGGAAUGAGAAGGGAAAUGCAAAUGGAAAUCUGGGUGCUGCCACUAUUCGUAAUGCCGCCAGGCAACUUGCGGAGAAGACUGUUGUGGAACAAAUGAAAGGUUUUCGGCAGUGGGCUGUCAUGGCAGACUGGAAUAAUUCGUGGAAAACGAUGGACAAGAACUUUGAGAAGCAACAAUUGGAUGUCUUUUUGAAAAUGGUAGAGAAAGGGCUAAUAAAUCGGAGAUUCAAGCCGGUGUACUGGUCCCCUUCCUCACGCACGGCUCUCGCAGAGGCAGAAUUGGAAUAUCGAGAGGAUCACAAAUCUAUCGCUGCGCUUGUGAAAUUUCCACUCACAUCGAUACCAUCUAAACUACGUGAUAUGUUACCUGGGGAUACACCCGAAAUCUCUGCUGUCAUCUGGACUACCACCCCGUGGACGCUGCCCGCUAAUGCUGCCAUCGCUGUGAGCCCUACUCUGGAAUACUCAGUUGUGAAAUCAGAAAACCAUGGAUAUCUUCUCAUUGGCUCACUGCGACUUGAAUAUCUUCAAACCUUGCUACAGGAGGGCGAAAUAGCAGUAGUAGGUUCGCCACUUCUAGGCUACGAGCUAGGAUCUCAUGCCACAUACCGUCCGCUUUUCAAAGAUGAAUCCGUCUCGCAACCCAUUAUUGUGGCAGACUUUGUGACCGCGGACACCGGUUCUGGCCUUGUUCACUGUGCCCCUGGGCAUGGAAUGGAGGAUUAUGAGGUUUGUUUAGCUCACGGGAUCACAGCUCAUGCCCCUGUUAACGAUGAAGGCCUGUUCACGGAUGAAGCGAUUCCUUCCAACCCUUCCUUGCUGAGCGGCAAACCCGUCCUUGGCGAAGGAUACAAAGAUGUUCUCAAAUAUGUGGAAAACAAGGGACAGCUUCUUGCCAAACACAUAUAUGAGCACAAAUAUCCCUAUGACUGGCGCACAAAGCUUCCUGUGAUUGUGCGCGCCACGGAGCAGUGGUUUGCAGAUGUUGGGGAUAUUCGACACGAUGCUCUAAGGGCAUUGAAAGAUGUCCAGUUCAUUCCUGCAACGGGGAGAUCACGGCUAGAGAGUUUUGUUAAGAAUCGCUCUGAGUGGUGUAUAUCACGGCAACGAGCUUGGGGUGUACCGAUUCCUGCAUUGUAUCAUCGAGAAACUGGGGAGGCCAUUUUGACUGAAAAGUCUGUAUCUCAUAUCAUGAAGGUUAUUGAUGAACGUGGAAUCGACUCCUGGUGGACGGAUGACGAAAAUGACCCUGCUUGGAUACCAAGUUCCCUUCGCGGGUCUUCUGGGGCUGGAUACAAACGAGGAACGGACACAAUGGAUGUAUGGUUUGACAGCGGAUCCAGCUGGACGCAAGUGAAAACCCCCGCUUCGGCCGAAGGCUAUGCCGCUGAUGUGUACCUUGAGGGAACAGACCAGCAUAGAGGAUGGUUUCAAUCCAGCCUGCUGACAUAUAUUGCUCAAAACAUUGCCCUGGGAAAGCCCAGCUCUCUUCUUCGUGCGCCGUUCAAAACCCUCAUCACCCAUGGAUUUACCCUAGACAAAAAUUCUCGGAAGAUGAGUAAGUCGAUCGGGAACGUGAUUCAUCCUAAUCAAAUCAUCGACGGCACGCUUCUUCCUCCGCUAAAAUUAAAAAAAAUUCAGGGGCGGAAGGAGAAGCCGAAGGGGCCUAUAUAUGAUGCCUUAGGACCUGACUCGCUCAGGCUAUGGGUCGCGAGCAGUGAUUACACCAAGGACAUAAUUAUCGGCGAGCCAGUCCUGAAGGCCGUCAACACCAGCCUUCACAAGUAUCGCAUGACCUUCAGGCUGCUUCUUGGAUCGCUGCAAGACUUCGAUCCAAAAUCUGCGAUCCCUUAUGAGUCAUUACAUAUCAUUGAUAAGAUUGCCCUCCUCCAACUUCGGAACCUAGUGAAUAAGUGUCAAGAUGCGUAUUUAAAUUUCGAAUUCUACAAGGCAGUCACUGCCAUCAAUAAAUGGGCCAAUUUGGAGUUUUCCGCCUUCUACAUCGAAUCUCUCAAAGAUCGCUUGUACGCUGAUUCAGUAAAUAGUUUGAGCAGGAGAGCUGCACAGACUACACUCUGCCACAUAUAUUACCAUUUCCAGGGGAUUCUGGGCCCGGUGGUUCCGCUUCUCGUCGAAGAGUCCUGGGAACACACACCAGAAGCCAUAAAGGCCGAAUUCGGACACCCUUUGCAGCGUGUCAUGACCGAACCGGCGGCUGAGUGGCAAGAUGACGAACUGGAAAGAAGUUUCUUGUUGCUAAUGGCCGUUAACACAGCUAUUAACACCAUGCAAGAAAAUGCACGUAAUAAGAAGGAAAUGGGCUCAUCACUGCAGUCGUUCGUGUACAUCUCCCUCCCUUGCGGCGCGGCUGAGGCUCCAGUCUUCGCACAAUUCGGUGCUGAAUUACAAGACCUCUUUGUUGUUUCUUCAGUCACAGUCGGAUACAAUAAUGCACCAGUCCCACCUGAAAUCGAGGCUUCUGCGUGGAAGUACAGGUCUGAUUUCCAGUUCCCUGGUGAUGUCCAAAGCGGAAGUGUUUGGAUAUAUACCCCGCAAGCGAAUAAGUGCGGGCGAUGCUGGCGGUAUGCGGUACCCUUGGAGUGUAAAAAAGACAAUCCUCUGUGCCACCGGUGCGUAGUUGCUGUGGGAGAACUGUUGAAGAUGAGAGAUGAGAGAAUGGAUACGACUUCUGCCAACAACUAA